UUAACUACAGGAUGAUCCCAUCCAAACUGCUUUCUGAUAGUAACCGCUUACAGAGAAUCCUUUUUUGGUAGCUGCUGUCUUGUUCUACAGACAAGCUGGAGCCAAAGCCAUUUGGCCAAUCUCCAGAUAACCCAGAAACUUUGGGAGCAGAACCUUAAAGAGGGUUCGUGGAGAGAGCUAGGGCCACGAAGAACUCUCUCAAAGACUAUGAUCCCAUGAAGGCAGUACUGUGCCUGCUUUAUACUGCAUUCUUCAUUUAACCCUGUGCCCACACAUUAGAGAAGAGGCCAACCAAAAUGAACCAAUGGUCAAGUUAUCUGCUGGGAUGGAUGGCCCUCCUCCUCUAUUCCUAUGAGACAAGUGGAGAUAUUAAAGAGGACUGUGUCUUUCCCUUCACCUAUAAGGAAUCUGUUUACUUCACUUGCACCAAAACUAAUAGCUUCUCCCCUUGGUGUGCAACAAGGGCAGUUUAUGAUGGCAGAUGGAAGCACUGCAUGGUAGAAGAUUUCCCACGCUGUGUCUUCCCCUUCCUCUAUCGAGGAAAGUCUUAUGAAAGCUGCAUCACAGAUGGCAGCUUAUUUGGAAAGCUCUGGUGCUCAGUCACCUCCAGCUUUGAUGAGAAGCAGCAGUGGAAAUACUGUGAAGCAAAUGAAUAUGGGGGGAAUUCCUUCAGCAAGCCUUGCAUCUUCCCCUCCAUCUACAGAAAUAAUGUGAUCUCUGAGUGCAUUGAGAAUGAAAGCAACAAGCUCUGGUGCCCAACCACAGAAAACAUGGAUAAGGAUGGAAAGUGGAGCUUCUGCGCUGACACAAGAAUUUCCUCACUGGUUGCUGGCUUUCCCUGCCACUUCCCAUUCAACUAUAAAAACAAGAAUUAUUUUAACUGCACUAACAAAGGAUCAAAGAAGAACCAAUUAUGGUGUGCAACUUCUUACAACUAUGAUAAGGACCACACCUGGGUGUACUGUUGAUGCAAAGGAAAGGAGGAACCUCUACAGAGGAAGACUGCCACAUAGAAGCUGGGACCUGCUUUGUCUUUUCCAUUGUUAUCGUGUAAGCUUAAAUAAUCAUCUUUAGAAAUACCUCCUCCACCAUCAUACCCAAUCACUUGGUCCUUUGCAAAGAACAGAGGGAAAAUGUGGUAUUACCACCAAUAAAAGAAUCCUAAAUUAAA